GCUCCAGGCGCGCGCCCGACCGCUUCUUCCGCAUCCAGUCCUCCAAUACUACUGCGACAUUCUGACUAGAAGGGUUGGGCUUUUAACGACACAGCACGAGCAGCUGGGCGCACAACGUACGCAACACGUACAGACAAACGGUUACUUCCCUGCAGGCUCCCGUUCUAUAUCACUUAUAACUGCAGUUACGAUAUUUUAUGUGGACACUCUACCGUGUUAACGUAUUGCAGUGUUUAAGGGAAGUCACAACUACAGGACUCCGAGUCUAAAGAUCUAUCAGAGAUCGUGGCAGGCAGGGGUGGUAUGAGGCACAACCCUUGUCCUACCUGGCCGUCAAGGUAAAGGAGAGAAACCCCAAUAGGAGAAUUUUGAUGGACUUGAGCGUCCCGAAACGUCCCAGCUCACCGGCCGAUCAACUUCGUCCAAAUAUAGGACUAUCGUACACUUCGUCGGCGGGUCCUGUAUCGACUGUUCCCUCUGUUGGAGGAACACCGGCUGCUCCCAUUCCGGCCAUGGUACACUUUCCUCACGCAGCUGCUCCCACUACCGUAUCUCCUCAAAGACCACCCGAAAUGUUAGCCAAUGAUUCACCCUCCUUCUCCUGCAACGUCUCUACGGGGCUUCUACCAGGUAGCCUGAGCCCUUUAUAUUUAAAUUCGAGAUUAGGAGAUUCGUUGCCACCCCCUCCUCCGAGGAUCCUUCCUGAUUUUUCGCCUUACGGUUUGAGGCCUUACGAUUUUGCACGGCAUCUUCUAUCAUCUCAAACGACAGUUAACAAGAUUCUUGGUCGAUAUUAUGAAACUGGAUCGUUACGACCGGGAAUCAUCGGAGGAAGCAAACCAAAAGUUGCCACUCCUGUCGUUGUAUCAAAGAUCGAACAGUAUAAACGGGAAAAUCCUACCAUAUUCGCUUGGGAAAUUCGUGAACGACUCAUUUCUGAAGGUGUAUGCACCAACAGCACGGCUCCGAGCGUGAGUUCUAUCAAUAGAAUCCUAAGAAAUCGAGCAGCCGAGAGGGCGGCUGCCGAAUUUGCUCGAGCAGCAGGAUACGGAAUGUAUCAUCCUUACGCAGCAGCUUUUCCUUGGGGUGCAGCAGCAGCGGCAGCAACGCCCCAUCUGUGGCCACCGUUCUCUGGGCCUCAACUGCCUACAGGUGCAACGCCCGAUCCUGCAACUUUAGCGGUGAUGACGCCGCUCCGUGACCACAGACAAUCCGUAGACAAAGAUAGCGAAGAAGGGACAAGUUCCGAUAACGGAGAUAGACCAAAAUUUCGUAGAAACAGAACUACAUUUAGUCCCGAACAAUUAGAAGUACUUGAAGAAGAAUUCGAAAAAACUCAUUAUCCAUGCGUUAGUACACGAGAACGUCUGGCAGCUAAAACAAAUCUAUCAGAAGCACGAGUACAGGUGUGGUUUUCUAACAGACGAGCGAAGUGGAGACGUCACCAACGCAUGAACAUGCUCAGACCAAUGAACGGAGUAUCAAGUCCGUCACCAAGUUCCACACCCCCGUCUCCGUCACCAGAACCUCUAACACCAUCUAGUCAACCUCUCGCACCAAAACCUAUGGAAAAUUUGCCGAAAAUGGGAGGCGAAAACUCUGCUUUUUCUCCCGCUCGUCAAUUAUCACCUCAUCUACAAUCAUCACCAUCUUCUGAAUGAGGAAGAGAGAAAGAGCGUGUUCUACCAAAAAGAAAAAAAGAAAAAAAUUUAAGUAAAAGAUUAUCAAAAAUUAGUUUAAAAAACAAAAACAUUAAAAAAAAACUCGCUGACUCGUGCAAAAAUAUGAGAUUUUUGGAGCCCGAACGAGUAGAAACUCAUAAACUCGAGUGACUUUUUCCUUUCUCAUUUCUUAAAGCUUGCUGCGUGUAGCAUUAUCGAGAGACAUUUUAAACGUUUUCUUUCGAAGCAAA